AUGGAUGCGGGUCAGACGCAACACACCAGCCAGAUGUCUUACCAGUGCAAGCAGCCCUGCCUUCCCCCUCCCAUAUGCACAAAGGGGGCCUCCAUCAAGUGUGCUGAUGUGUGCAAAAGCUCACCAUCUUGUGGAAGCUCAUGCGAAACCGUGACGGUGAAGGCCUCCUCUGUGAAGUACGAGGACCCAUGUCAGACGCAACACACCAGCCAGAUGUCUUACCAGUGCAAGCAGCCCUGCCUUCCCCCUCCCAUAUGCACAAAGGGGGCCUCCAUCAAGUGUGCCGAUGUGUGCAAAAGCUCACCAUCUUGUGGAAGCUCAUGCGAAACCGUGACGGUGAAGGCCUCCUCCGUGAAGUGCGAGGACCCAUCCGUGAAGAGCGUGAAGUGCGUGGAUCCAUGCUCUUCCAAGAGCCAAACAGUAUGCAGUGACCCAUGUGGCCACCCAGUAGCCGUGAAGAGUGUGAAGUGCGUGGAUUCAUGCUCUUCCAAGAGCCAAACGGUGUGCAGUGACCCAUGUAGUGACACCGUGGUGGUGAAGUCCGAGUCCGUCAAGUGCGAAAGCCCUUGUGAAAAGCCUUGCCAGACGGUGACUUGCACCAGCCCCUGCCAGUCCAGCGUGUGCCAAGGCCAGACCUACAUCCCUGUCCGCAUAACACCUUGCCAAGGCCAGACGUACGUCCCGGUUUGUGCCUCCCCUUGCCAGGGGCAGACGUACAUUCCUGUCUGCGUACAGCGUCCUGGAUGUGGCUGCGGCCAGAUUGUGGUGGUGCCGCAGAGCCCUUGCUCCAAUCUAUGCGGCAGCUCCUGUGGCAAUGUCUGCGUGGUGCCAUACCAGGUUCAGUCGUCCUCGCCGUGCCAACAUUCCCAGUCCUCUUCCUGCUGCAAACCCUCUUGCUGUUCUCAGCCCAAACUUUCCUGCCCUUCUCAGUCCACUUCUUACUGCAAACACUCCUGUGGUCAUUCCUACACUCACUGUUCCAAGCCAAAAUGUUCCUAA